GGGCUCAGGGGUGCGGGCUCAGGUGUGUGAGCUCAGGGGUGCGGGCUCAGGGGUGCCACAGCCGCUGGCCGGACACAUCCUCGUCGGAGCCGCACCUGGGGAAACGCGCAGGGGUUUUUGGCUGAAGGGGAAGGUGCUGCCGUGACCAUGAUGUCCCUGGGUGUUGCCAAAGGAGGGCUGAUCCCGCCCUCGGACGAGGAUCGCCGCAGGAUCAUCCGGCAGAUGAAGGUUCGCACCACCCUGCGGGGGGACAAGAGCUGGAUCCAGCACCACAACUCCGACUCGGACGAGGAGAAGAGCAGCCCCCUGUCUGGACAGGCUGGUGGUGGAUCCACAGCCCCCAAAUCUGCUGCUCCCCAGCAGGACAGGUGCUCUGUCCCCAAGGCCCAGCCUGGAUACCUCAUCAGGGGGGUUUUCACCAGGACCAUCGACAAGAGCUCGUCCGUGCCGGGUUCUUCACCUUCCAGCCAAGCACAGAAAAACACUGCCCUGAAGGGCCAGAGCCGCUCCCCCUCGGGCUACAGGAUGACCACGGAGGACUACAAGAAACUAGCUCCGUACAACGUCAGGCAGAAAUCCAUGGAUGCGGACGAGGAGGACGCGCCUUUCUCCCCGGACGAGCACAAGAAGAGGACAGAGGCUGCCAACAGCGUCCUGCGGCGCUCGGCCGGCCGGGAGCGCGCCUACGUCCUGUCCGCCGCCAAGAAGAGCAACGGGAGCCCAACUCAGGAGUUCCCAGCCCUGUUUGCCAAGAGGAUCGAGAUAGAAGAGGAGGAAGGACAGCAGAGGAGGAGCCCGACGGUGCCGGCUCCAUCCAGCUUUGCUCUGGACAGCAGCAGUGCUAAUGGGCUGAGAAAAAGCAGCCCUGGAUCUUCCUGGGAUGAGCCAAAGGCGGCAGCAGCAGCGUCUCCCUCCAGCCCCAAACCAGGCAGCAGGAGCCAAACAUCCCCAUCCCUGAGUGACACCUCGGGGAAAAUCUCCACUUCUGCUGAAACCAGGAAUGGUGAGCACAGACAGGCCCUGGAUGGGAAAUUCUCCUUGGGAACGGUGUCCCAGCGUGGGGAUGGUGACAAAGCUCUGAAGGAAAAGCCUGAGAGGUUCCCAUGGGAUGAAGGAACCCCCAGAGCCACGAAUGGAAGAUUUCCUGAGCACACAGAAGCCAAUAAUGGGUUUUACCCGCCAGAGUGCAGCUCUGGUUGCUGGGACAGAGCUGGGGAUGCUCCGGAGAAGCUGCUCCGUCCAUCCGAGCCCUCCCUGGGUGACACCAGGUCACCCUUGCAGUCUGAUGUCCCUUUUCAUCCCACUGAGAGAACCCCUGUGCACAUCGAGGACACAGAAUAUUCCUUUAAAAGGUCUGUCCUGGGCUAUGAGGAGAGGAGCAGCUCCACCAAUCCUGAGGGCCCAUCCCACCACCAGCCCUACUGGGAUGAGACAAGGUUCCUGGACUCACCCAGCCUCAGUGAGAGGGGCCAAGGAGCUCCUGGCCAUGACACCCCCCCUGAGCCCCCCAGGCUGAAGGAUCCCCCUGAGCCCAGCAGGGCCAGGUCUGAGCUGUGCUCCCAGGACACUGCUGGCAGCAGGGACAGGGAUGUGGGAAUGUCAUCCUGCCUGCAGAGGGAGGAAACCGCAGCAAGAAGGUUGAGCUCUGUUCCUGCAGGAAGCAGCGUCCCAGCUCCAGAGAUUCCACAUGGCAAUGAGUCUGAGCCAUGCAGGGACAGGAUCACUCUGGACUAUGAGGGACAAACCAGUGCCAGCACAGACAGCCCCCGUGAGAGCCUGGGGGACUGGAGGCACAGCGAGCCCACCCCGGGGCCAGCCAGCAGGUCUGAGUUCAGCUCCCAGGAGAGCGUUCCUGGUGCCCAGGAGUCCCAGCCCCCCGUGUCCCUGUUCCAGGACCGCCAGUCCUUCGGAGGCUCCGUGCCCAGCCACAGGAUUCCAGGCUACGUGGACAGCCAGAUGUUCAGCACCAGGAGGCCCAGCCCUGAUCCCAAAGGGAGCGCUUUUCCCGGGAGCAGCAGCCCCAGGAGCAGCUGGUAUGACAGUGCCAGGGGGCACGGGGACUUCAGCCCCCCUGCAGGACGCCACGAGUCCCUUCCCAGGGAUCCCACCAUGUCCAUGUCCCAGAGAAGCCACAGGGUGCCGUUCUACAUGGACAGCUUAAACUGUAACAGCACCAGGCUCCUCUCCAGCUCCAGUGAGAGGCUCUGCAGCUCCCACCACAGCUCUGGGUACCAGCCUGACUCCAGCACUGCUGGGAGAGGGAUCCUCUUUGUCAAGGAGUAUGUGAACACGGGCGGCUUUGCAGCCUCGCCGCGCCACGGCAGCCUUGUGGAUUUGAGUGACCUGGAGAGAAGCAGCUACAGCCACCACAGUUACCUGUCCAGUGCUCCCCUGCACAGGUCCAGUGAGCCCCUGUGCAGUUACUGCAGCCGGGAGAUCCGAGACUGCCCCAAGAUCAUCAUCGAGCACCUGAACAUCCACUGCCACGAGUACUGCUUCAGGUGUGGAAUUUGCCACAAAGCGAUGGGAGAGCUCCUGGAUAAAAUAUUCAUCCACCGGGACAUUGUCCACUGUGACAAGUGCUACGAGAAGCUCUUCUAGGGCCCCGCGGGGCUGGGAAUGCUGGCCUGGGAUCACCGCCACUGCUGCCUGCCCGAGACUGCAGAAUUCCUGCUCCCGCUUCCCUGCGGUCCUUUUCCCUCUCGCCGCCCCCCGGCCGUGGAUGAGUUCAGCACCUGCUGGCUGAUGCUGUCACCUGCACCAGUGCGAUGGGAAGGAGAUAAGGCAGGCUCCUCCUCAGAGAUAACAUUUCCCAAGCCCCUCAGCCUGCCCUCAGCUGCAGGAAGAUUCCCGGUAUUCCCGGAGCUGGGAGUCGGGCACAGCUCCUCAGCUUUACCCCGGCUAAUCGCCGCCACUCUCUCCUGAUGAUAUCUGUAUUUCUUUCCCUCGUGCAGCCAGGCUGGCACACAGGCACUGGGAGCCUUAAACACUAAAUUUGGAUUCUUAGGAGGGUUUGAGUUUAGUCCUCAGCAAAAGCCUAUUUCUGCUUCUUUCAGCCCUAAAUUCAGCCUAGAAAUAGCUUCUGCCUGAUUUCCAUUUGCUUUCCCCAGGAUUCCAGGAGCACUUGCAAACUCUGUUCUAAUUGUGUGUCAGCUUUAAUUCCCCUUCCUGCCUCUUCCCUGAGGAUGCUGCAGCAGCACUUGUGGCUGCUGUGUGUUUGGGGAGAUAAGUGUCCUUCCCCCGGUGUUAAACUCGGGUUCUGGGGGCAGGUGUCUGGUGCCAGAGCACUGCCAUCUCAAUCCCCUCUCCUGACAAAGAGCUCUGCUCAGCUGAAAUCCCAAUUUCUCCCCUCGCCACACCUCUCAAUGCUGUAAACUAUUCACAGCCCAAAUUCUCACUAACGCUGAACUUCCAGCGGCUGCUGUGCCAAAUAAAAUCAGAAUUUUAGCCCUUAACUCAGAGCUGAGAGGUUGGGAAUGCUGAAUACUGAAACCUGGAAGUCAGGUGUUUUCCAAGAGUCCAGAUUUAUGAUGGGAAGCAUUAGGAACCAUAGAAUGCCAGAAUGAUUUUGGGUUGGAAGGAGUUAGGUUUCAUCUGCUCUGAAGUUCAUGGGCAGGGACACCUUCCCCUAUCCCAGGUUGCUCCAAGCUCCGUCCAGCCUGGCCUUGGACACUUCCAGGGAUGCAGGGGCAGCCACAGCUUCCCUGGGCAACCAGGGCUUCCCCAUCUUCACAGCCAAGAAUUGAUGGAAACCAAGCUUCUCCCAAAAUCCUGUGAUUACCUAGGGAAAAAGGAACCCUGAUCCCCCCCGUGAUGUUUUUGUGUUUGAGAGCAGCUGAGGGAGCUGGGAAAGGGGCUCAGCCUGGGGAAAAGGAGGCUCAGGGGUGACCUUCUGGCUCUGCACAACUCCCUGACAGGAGGGGGUUUUCCCCCUUAAAGAUAUGUAUCCCCCAAAAGGAACCUGCAGCUAUUAUAAAAAUGUUAUGCUUUAUAAAUUGUAUUGGCCUGAGCUUUGAAGAAUUGCUGACUUACCCUCCAUGAAUAAAAAACAAAUGAAUUAUUCAAAGAGGUGAAUGUUCCUGGUAUUUGUGGAGAAGGGUCACCUGCACACAGAUUUUUCCUACGUGAUGGAUGAGGUCAUGCAUUUUCCUUCACAAAAAAAAGAUCUUAUUUCUCUUGGGCUCCUGCUGCUUGUGGGGACAAAUCUUGACCAGGUUAUUUCACAUGAAAUCAAAUAAAUAAAUAAAGAUA